GGUGGGGAUGGGGUUGCCUCUUAUUGGGGGGGCCGCGGCUAGGAUGUGGAAGUAUGAAAGGAGCCGUGGAGGGCCACGGUGGAGGGGAGCCCUCGUGCAGUCAGCCGCCUCCGUGAGGUGUGAGCCAGGGCCCGGCGGGGGCGCAAGUCUCUCGGCUUGUGAGAGGGCUUUCCUCUCGCUUCUCUCCACAAUGCCCCAAGCCUCCGAACAUCGCAUGAGCCGGGCCAGAGAUCCAUCGGUCAUCACCUCUCAGCCGAAAGCCGGCAGCAAGCUCCCAAACGGACACCGGGCCCCGAGCCAAGAGCACCGGCCUUGCUGCUCGUCCUCCGCCAUCGCUAACGGGCUUUCCACCGCAUCCAAACUUCGGCCCUUGCCACCCCGGCCGAGCCCUCUGGACGACAGGGGCAAGAAGCUAGAGUCGGACAGAGGCCGGCCCUCCAAGCGAAGCGAGGCGCUGCGCGGCACGGCCGCCCGCCGCGGUCCGGUCAAGGCGGACCACGCUCUGAAAGUUCCCGGAUGCCCGCAGGCCAGCGGGACCAUCUCCGGCAGCACCUCUUUCACCAUGCCUCCCGGGGUGCUCCUGGGCGGGCCGGACUCCGACCGCCGAAGAAGCAACCUGCUCCGCUCCAAGUCCAUCAGCAUCGGGGACUUGAGCCAGGCCGGCGUCCCCAGGGAAGAGCAGCUGAGUGCCGCCUUCAGCCGCCUGGCCCUCCGAGACCACAGCCCCUCAUGCGGCCACCACAAGCUGGGCCUGGGCGCCGCCCUGGCGCUGAAGAGGAGCUCCUCCCUCCGCCGCGUCAACGUCACCGCCGGGCUGGACGGGAGGCCGGCCGCCACGCUGCUGUCCGUCCGCACGGAAGGCUGCCCAAGGACUCGCCCCACGGAGCCGCCGACCCUGGACUACAUGCGUUCACAGGACCUCCCGCUGUCGACGAGCCCUCCCCAGAGCAAAAGCCCUGGAUCCGGCAGGCUGGAAGAGAAGGCAGCCACCACGCAUCACACCCUCCUGCUGGGCUCCGGGCACAUCGGCCUCCGCAACCUCGGCAACACGUGCUUCAUGAACGCCGUGCUCCAGUGCCUGAGCAGUACCAAACCCCUGCGGGAUUAUUGCCUCCACCGCGAAUUCCGGCAGGAGCAACCAGGCGCUCUGCGGACCCAGCAGGAGCUGACCGAAGCCUUCGCAGACGUCAUCGCCACGCUGUGGCACCCCGAUUCCACAGAGGCCGCCAACCCCAGCCGCUUCAAAGCCGUUUUUCAGAAAUAUGUGCCGUCCUUUACAGGAUACAGUCAGCAAGAUGCUCAGGAGUUUUUGAAGUUUCUCAUGGACCGGUUACACGUGGAGAUCAACAGGAAAGGGCGCAAAACGCCCAGCAUCCUCUCUGACACCAAACGGCCGUCGGUCCUGGAGGACUCGGACUCUCUGAGCGAUGAUGAACAAGCCAACCUGAUGUGGAAGCGCUACCUGGAACGAGAAGACAGCAAAAUAGUAGACCUCUUCGUUGGCCAGCUGAAGAGCUGCCUCAAGUGCCAGGCGUGUGGCUAUCGGUCGACCACCUUCGAAGUAUUUUGCGAUCUCUCCCUGCCCAUCCCAAAGAAAGGCUUCACGGGUGGGAAGGUCUCUCUGCUGGACUGCUUCAGCCUCUUCACCAAGGAGGAGGAGCUGGACUCGGAGAACGCACCGGUGUGUGACAAAUGCCGGCAGAGGACUCGAAGCACCAAGAAGCUGACCAUCCAGCGGUUUCCCCGCAUCCUCGUCUUACACCUGAAUCGGUUCUCCACCACCCGUUACUCCAUCAAGAAAUGCUCCGUGUUUGUGGAUUUCCCCCUCCAGCAGCUCAACUUGAAGGAGUUUGCCAGUGAAAAAGCCGGUGAGUAGCACACCGCGUUGGGA